AUGGAACUGGAUGAAACCUGUAUCAAGACCGAGCCUGAGGAAUUGUGUGUAAAUAUUCAUCCCAGAAUAGUUUCUGUGAAAGAGGAGCCUUGCGAGGACAGUACAAAUGUUGAUACGAGCCACACAAACGCAUGGACAAAUUCUUGCACAACACAAGAGACUAAUGCAUGUUUGACAGAGUCUGGACUCUUUAUAAAAGAGCCCUUUAACAUGGACCGUAUGAGUGCUAAUACAAGUAAAGCAUGGGCCAAUCCUCAUGCUGAAGUCAAAGGAGAAACAGUGUGUGUAAGCGAGCCCAGAAUUGUGAAGGUGGAGCCCUUUAGCGACAACAAUACUCCAUCUACAAGCCAGGCAAUCACAGCGGCCAAUCCUUAUACCCAUGAAAAAGAAACAGAGUAUGUAACAGAGCCCAGAGUGAAGGUUGAGCCAUUGUGUGAUGAGAGUACUCAACCUUCUACAAGUCUAGCCACGGCCAAUGCUCCCCGUAAAGUAAAGGCAGAGGCAGAAUUAGUAACAAAGCCUGGUAUGCAUGUAAAAAAGGAGAUAGAAGAGGGUGAAAAUAUGUGUGCGAGUGAGACAACUGCGUGGGAUAAGCUUUAUGAGAAACAUGAGGUUAAGGAGGAGGUUGUGCUGAGUCCCGAAGCAAUCCACCGGCCUUAUGCUGCCUCUAAACAAAGAGAGAUGCAGACCAAAGCAGGGGAAAUGGCGCCAGAUGGGAACUGCCCUGACAAGCCAAAAUUACUUGAAAUAGGGCGUAGUCUUCAAAAUUACAUGUGCCCUCAAUGUGACUACACAACAGAUGACAAGAAGAGUUUAAGGACACAUUUAAACACUUUACACACUACAACAAUACUCCACAACUGCAAUCUCUGUAAUUACUCCACUCCUAGUAAAAUAUAUUUAAAACGUCAUCAAAACGUACAUACCAGGAAUAAAAGUUUUAAGUGUAAUUAUUGUGAUUUUUCGUGUCUAAGAAAAUCAGAUGUAAAAACGCACGAGACAACUCACACUGGAGAGAAACCCUUCAGAUGUAGCAAUUGCGAUUAUCAGUGCAAUCGGAAAGGAAGCUUACUCGUCCAUGAGAGGGCACACACAGGGGAGAAGCCUUAUCAGUGCAAACAAUGCGAUUACAAAUGUACUCGAAAAGAUAGCUUACAAAGACACCUGGUUCUGCACGAGAGUGAAAAACCGUUUGAAUGUACGCUCUGCGAUUUCAAGUCCUAUCAAAAAGCAAGUCUGCGAAUCCACCAAAUGAUACACACUGGAGAGAAGAGCUUUGCAUGUAGCUACUGCGAUUUUAUAUCCAGGCAUAAAUACACUCUACAGACUCAUGAGAUGAUACACACUGGGCAGAAACCAUUCGAGUGCAAGAACUGUGACUACAAGUGCAGGCGGAAAUCAGAUUUGCGAAAACACCAGACGACACAUUCGGAUGACAAGCCUUUCAAAUGCAGCGAAUGUGAUUACGUUUGCCGCCAAAAAUCAGACUUGCCCAAGCACCGGAAACGACACGCUAAAGAUAAACUGUUCCAAUGUAAUCACUGCGACUACAAGUGUAGUCGUAGUUUUGAUUUACGAAAACACCAGACUUUACACACGGAGGUGCAGCUAUUAAUGCAAAUGUGACCAUUGCAAUUAUGAAACUCUGCAUAAAUACGCUUUACAAAGACACCUGAGUACAUUGCACGUUGA